CGCGAUCGACUGCCGCCCACCGAAUCCCGGGCUCUAGUUCCUGUAUCGAAUCUUGCAAAGCCGCCUUGGGGAAGCGGUGGACACGCUCUUUUCAAAUACCUUACCGACAUCGAUCGAAACGACGCCUUCUCACUUUCGCUGACGACUUUCCCGCCUUGGUUCAGACGGGAGAGCUGGCCCCUUGAUUUGCAUCUGAUAGCGCGCAUGACACGGACAUGGAACAGAUCUGAAUGCCCAGCUUGUCGAGUGGGAGCAGGAUUUGACGGAUCGAUAGCCUCCCGGCCUCGAGCGCCGGCCGUGUCAGAGCGAUGUCGGCGCCGCCCAUUCGACAUGGCCCAACAACCCCGCUGCACGAACGAUCCGACUCGCAAAACAACAAGCCUGGCAUUCGCCUUGUCCCAUAUUCCCCGCCGCUCCUCGACCCCGAGAACCGGGCGCCAAGCCAGGCGUCAUCGCGCGAGAAUGCGGGCAGUGCUGCCAACUCUAGUAGUAGGCAUCCGAGCUGGAGGGAUGAGGUGACAGAGGGCCAUGCUGCGAGCCAGGGGUCCGCAUUGUCGUCUCCUCCGCCUUCGGGUUUCCCAUUGGCGAGGCCCCGGGAUGAGAGGGUUUCAGGCAUGAAACCUCUGCCCAGCCCCUCGGGCAAGGGCCCCGCUGGGCCAGCCGCACUGGCGCUGAGGUCACCGUCCGAUGUUUCGACUCAUAUCUCGGCCCCUAAUGCGUCGGAGCCACGGCGCUCCCGCGCUGACGACGCACCGUCGCCCGCGUCUCCCACACCCACGCGCCCACGGUCCCUGUCGCGGCGCCGCAACUUGCGUCUUGCCGUCCACUCCAAUGGGACCUUCUCACUUGUCCCCGAAGAGCCUCAGUCCGACGUUUCUGGCAGCCUCGCAUCGCCGCACCCGUCCUCCGUCUCCCGGACGCCGAGCGCACAGGAGCGUCCGUCGACCGACACGUGGACCGACCGCCGUGAUAGUACCCCGUUGACGGGCGCAAGUACGGUAGUCCUCGACCAGAGCCUUUCCGAGCUGCCGCGUUCCACGCCGUCGUCCCGCGCGUCUUCAUCCACGCAGUUAGCUGAGGAUCCUGGUACAUCCUCGUCGCCCUGGAACUACCGCUUCGUCGGUGGCCUGCGAAAAGUCCCCACGACACCCGACACCAAAGGGAAGCAACCGUUGUACAGCACGUCAACGUCCACGUCAACACCCGAGACCCAUCUUGGCCCGCUGCCGGAAGCGGCCGCUCCCGCCGACGACGAGGAAGAAAAAAAGUCUACCUGGACAGUGGUGCCGAAAGCAUCGUUCGCAUCCGUUGCUUCGAAUCAGACAGUCGAGACAGUCUCCGAGGCUACAAACUACAAGGUGUACGGCCCCGGGUCCGUCGCUCAGGAGUCCAGCGAUAGCCUCGUCUUCAACUCCGCGAGCUCCGCCAACUGGGAGGUCCUGGGCCAGUCGUCGCCCGCCUCGGCGUUUCCGAGUAGCCCGCCCACGGUCCUCCAAAGCGGCAGCGAGAACUACAUCUUGCAUGGUGCUCCGUCGGUAUCGCCAUCGUCGUCUCUCGUCACCGUUUCCCGAAAGCCCCAUCCGGCCUACUCCCAGGAGAGUCUGGUUGUUGCACCCCUGAGACCGGUCAAAAAGAAGUCGUACGAGAGAUUCGGGUACUACAAGCAGCGGUCACGCGAGACCCUCCGGUCGCGCACCGGGUCCGUCCAGUCUCUCAAGAGUCUGUCUUCCAUUAUCACCAAUCAAGACCCUGCCCAGGCGCUUUUGACAGCGACAGCGCCAGUAGUCCUGAGUCUCGGCCAGUCAUCGGCCCAACGUUUCCCAUGGUCGGCUCCGCAGAGGCCAGGAUCCAAUUCCUCCAAUCCGCAAGGCGCCAUCACCCCUCGGCCGUUGGCUCCGAUGCUGCAGUCACAGCCUCACCAAUGGAGCUCCCAGCUGUCCACGGUCAUGUCCGAGAGCGAGGGCGGCAGCGAUCCAGCUCGCUCCGUGUCGCCCUUGUCAGACACCAGCGGGCACCACCGUCGCCGCAGCAGUACUGGCUGGGUGAGCUCCAUGCACAGCCGCCAAAUGGCGAGCAUAUCCUCCUCCAUCGCCGGACAACUGGAGGAGGCCGCAGCGGCCUCAGCUAGCGACUCGCUCGACAGACCACGGCCGAGCCAUAGCAGAGCCGGUGCUUCGCAGAUCCGGAUGGUGCGGGAUCAAGACGAGCACGGGGACGGGCUGGCGGAUCUGGAGCACAGGCCGUCAAAGACGGGCCUGUCCGCCCUCUUCGCCAAUGGCUCGAGCCGCAAUCUCCAUUCCAGCCAGAGUUCUCGUGCCAACAGUUUCACCUCGUCGAUCCCUGCUUGGGCUAGAGUGUACUAUGGCUCAGGCGAACGACGAUUUCUCGGCCGCCGGCCGUCUUUCCUGACUGUCUCCGAUGCCGGUGACAGUAGGCCGGCCAGCUCCGGCUUACCGGGCAGCGAGUCGCCGAAUAGCGAGAAUUUCCCUCAGACUAUCUUCAGCCCGCGGAAGCGACCGAGAGAAGUCCAACCGACUGCCGGCCAGCGCGCUGCACCGGACCAAGCCUCCAUGGAGAUCGCUCCCGCCCCGCAGCCCCAGGAUCUUCGCGUCUCCAGGACAGUGAAGCAAAAGACAUCGAGCAUCUGGUCGCCACAUCUCCAGACCGAUCGACGGGCAACUCGGUACAGCAUGUGGGAUCCGCCGAGUGUGACCUGGUCAGCCGACAGCGGCAUCCUGGGCAAGAGGAAUGCGCAGGUUGUGCUGUUUAUUGUUGGCUUUGUCCUUCCUCUAGCGUGGAUGGUUGCUGCUUUGCUUCCACUGCCCCCAAGACCCAAGCCCGAGAUGAUGGAGGCAGACAACAGCCGGAGCCAGUUCGGACCAGCUCACCAUGCCUUCAGAUAUGGGCAGUACCUCCUUGACGAGACGAGAUAUGAGAGCGCUAGGUGGUGGCGCAACCUUAAUCGGGUCAUGUCCAUCGUCGGCCUGCUCAUCAUUGGCGCCGUCGUCGCGCUGGCGGUCGUGGGCGUCAAGCAGCGGUGGGGGCAGCACUGAUACUGUUGAUCG